CCAGACGUUUGAAAUACCCCGCGGGGGCUCUUCCUCCGAUGAUGCACGGUACCGAGGUCAGCCUUCGUCCAAAUAUGAGGUUUCUCUCCCUUACAUGUGUCGUUGUGCUCUUGGCCGUCGGUGUGGCCCUGAGCUUCGGAACCGUGGAGGAAAGCCAGGAGGCACAUCUUCGAGUCCGUCGUGGAACUGGUUGUCCGGACAUGAACGCGUGUAUGAGAAGCUGCCAGAGCGAGGGAAAAAGAGGUGGCGUUUGCUUACCACCUUAUAUGAUGGCAUGUAUGUGUUUCUAGAGAAUGACUGGGACCGGCAUGGUU